AUGCCGUCAGCCACGGCGUCAGGAUCCGAUGCCAAUGGCGGAGGCGCGCGAUCGCGUGAGCAUAACCAGGGCAACCAGGACCGCAAAUAUACGCCAGAGCAAGAGGCCGCCGUGAUCCGGAUCCGAAAAUGCUCGGCGACUGCAUUCUACGAGAUUCUGUCGGUAGAAAAGACUGCGACGGACAAUGAGAUUAAAAAGGCAUACCGGAAGCAAAGUCUGUUGACACAUCCAGACAAGAACGGGUACGAUGGUGCGGACGAGGCAUUCAAGAUGGUCUCGCGUGCUUUCCAGAUCCUCUCCGACUCCGAUAAGAAGUCUCGUUACGACAAGUUCGGCGGAGACCCCGACAGCCGAUUCAACCCCGGGGCAAGCGCCUCAAGUGGCGCGUCCCCAUUCAGUGGCUUUGGUGGAGGAGGAUUCCCGCGAUCAGGGGCCGCUGGUCCAGGGUUUGAUGAAGAGAUCUCCCCGGAGGAGCUGUUCAACCGGUUCUUCAAUGGUGGCUUUGGGGGGAUGGGCAGUCCAUUUGGCGGUCCGCAAUUUGUCUUCAAUAUGGGAGGAGGCCCAGGGUUCCGGGUACAUCAAUUCGGCGGGCCCAUGCCACGCCGACGCCCCCGUACGAACACCGAUGGCCAGCCGGAGCCUGCCCUGGAUGGCUGGACUUUCCUACGACAACUAUUGCCUCUUAUUCUUCUCUUCGUCCUCCCACUUCUCUCGUCUCUUUUCUCUGGUCCGUCGGCUCCCACGGGGCCGUCAUAUCGCUUUGAUACUCCUGCUCCGCCGCACACUCAGCACCGCACGACUCCCAGGCUCAAUAUUAAUUACUACGUAAACCCGGUCGACGUGGAGGAUUACAGCGCCCGGAAACUACGCCAGCUCGAUCAACGUGUGGAGGUGGAUUAUGUUUCAUCACUGCGGUAUGAGUGCGAGAAUGAAGUCCAGGCGCGGGAACGAAAGAUGCAGGAAGCACAGGGCUGGUUCUUCCCGGAUGUCGAGAAGAUGAAGGAAGCCCGGGCCAUGGAGCUGACCAACUGCCGGCGGUUAGACAAGUUGAAGGGGAGAUAUUGA